AAGGAGGCUACGCUCACAAUGCUAAGCGACACUUCCGGUUUUCCAAGCUGUGUGCAGAUUGAGUCCAGCUGAACAUAUCUACUUGAGUCCAGCUUCAAGACGACUUUAUAAACGAGCAGUUAACUCCUACCGAAGAAACAUUCACAGAGUUUAAAGAGAGAAAAGCACAUUCCGAAGAAGAGAUGGAUGAUGGGGACAGACGGUCGGAUUUCCCUCAGAUCAGCAUAAACCCGAUAGACUUCCUGCAGGAUUAUGCUGGGAAAGAGGAGGAUUUUUCUGACCAGCACCUGUAUGAGCAGGAGCCGAUUUCCAGUUUGGGCCAAAAGGAACAAGAACCUUUACAGAUAAAAGAAGAGCAACUAGAGCCAGAACAUCCCUGGACAAAAGAUGAAACCAUGGAGCUCCCUAUAAGUGCAGAUAAAGAGCAGCUUGUUCUGAAACAGGAGACUGAAGAUUCAGAAGAGGAGCCUUUCCCACUUUUUCCAUGUGAAGAAAGGUUUCUGAAAAUGAAACAUUUAACGGUUCACAUGAGAAGUCCCACAGGUCUGAAGAUGUAUCCAUGUCUAUCCUGUGGAAAAAGCUUUAUAAAGGAAAUUCAUUUGGAAAAUCACGCUAGAAUUCACACAGACUUCCUGCAGGAUUAUGCUGGGAAAGAGGAGGAUUUUUCUGACCAGCACCUGUAUGAGCAGGAGCGGAAUUCCAGUUUGGGCCAAAAGGAACAAGAACCUUUACAGAUAAAAGAAGAGCAACUAGAGCCAGAACAUCCCUGGACAAAAGAUGAAACCAUGGAUCUCCCUAUAAGAGCAGAUAAAGAGCAGCUUGUUCUGAAACAGGAGACUGAAGAUUCAGAAGAGGAACCUUUCCCACUUUUUCCAUGUGAAGAAAGGUUUCUGAAAAUAGAACAUUUAAUGGUUCAAAUGAGUAAUCCCACAGGUCUGAAGCUGUAUCCGUGUCUAUCCUGUGGAAAAAACUUUAUAAAGAAAAUUCAUUUGGAAAAUCACAUUAGAAUUCACACAGGUGAGAAGCCUUUCACAUGUAUGUGCUGUGGGGCAAGCUUCACUCAGAAAUCUAAUCUUAAUAGACAUAACAGAUUUCACACAGGUGAGAAACCGUUCUCCUGUACGAUUUGUGGCAAGAGUUUUACUGUAAAAAUAAGCUUGACUGACCACAUGAGAUCUCACACAGGUGAGAAGCCCUUUCAAUGUGUGUCCUGUGGAAAAAGGUUUAUGAAAAAAUCUUAUCUUAAAAAACACAUUAGAGUUCACACAGGAGAAAAGCCAUUUCCUUGUACAAUUUGUGGAAAAGGUUAUACCAAAAAAGCUAUUUUGAAUUCUCACAUGAGAGCUCACUCAGGUGAGAAGGCUUUUCCCUGUGAGAUCUGUGGGAAAAUUUUCAAAAGUAGAGUUGUAUUGCUUAAACACAUGAGAAAUCACUCAAUUGAAAAGUCUUUUGAAUGUGUGUCCUGUGGAAAAAUCUUUGCUCUCAAAUCUAAUCUUAAUAGACACAUGAGAAUCCACACAGGUGAGAAACCAUUCCCCUGUACAAUUUGUGAUAAAGGUUUUUCUGCGAAAAGUCGUUUGGCCCAGCACAUGACAUCUCACACAGAUGAAAGACCCUUUACUUGUAAGACCUGUGGAAAACUGUUCAAAAGAAGAGAUGUUUUGAAAGGACACAUGAUGACUCACACAGCUGAGAAGAAUUUUACAUGUCUGACCUGUGGUAAAAGAUUUAUUAAGAAAUCUUAUCUAUCUAUACACCUCAGAAUUCACACAGGUGAGAAGCCGUACUCCUGUACCAUUUGUUACAGAAGUUUUACUCUAAAAAGUCAUUUGAAUAAACACAUGACAAUUCAUGAGAGGGACGCUUUUCAUACAUGACGUGGAACUAAUUGUAUUUAAAAAAAAAAAAA